AAGCAAACGAAGAUGUCGACUGACAGGAGGGCUCAUGUAACCACGUCGGGUAGACCCGCAAGGGUAAUCUACUCGCCUUAUCGCCGGCAUGAACAUCGCAUCAAACGCGAUUGUAGACCAUAAUAUUAUGAAAGCAAUAAAUCACAUGUGAUUAAACAUUGUCUUGUGUUUAGGUAUAGUACAAAAGGUCACGAAAGACAGUGCUCUUAAGGUGUUUGGGAUGGUUUUAAUGAAGCAAUAAGAUAAUAGCUGUUUUCUGUCUUCACAAAGAGCAGUUGGUUAUUAAAGUUGUUAUGAAUUCAUUAUAUGAAUGAACAUGAAUUUUAAUUGAGCGGAUACAAAACUAUUGUUUUCUAAUUUACAAAAUGGGAAGCAGACGACAGUUUGUCAGUGAAUCUGAUUUGCCAUCUGAAGACAGUAAAAUAUUCCGACGGGAAUCUAUCACGGAUUAUAUUACAAGUCGUCGGGGAUCACUUUCCGACCUCGUAUUCAGCACUAGUAGGAAUCUUUCACGUGACUCAUUUGUUGCACAAACUUCACGCCGAUCCCGUCACCUUAGUUUAACCAGUCAAUGUACAUCAUUUACAACUCAGAAACAAAGAUCUUCAAGCUUAGUACCUCUACAGAAACCUCAAAUUUCAUCACGUGACACACGCACGGACUACGUUUCUACUGGACUUUCAAAUUUUGAGAAACGGUUUAUCAAAACUAAAUCCCUAAAUAGCUUCAAUGCGUCCAACACAAGAGUCGAUGACCAAAAGCGGAAUUCAAAAGGUCAAAUUAACAUAAGUAAACGACGAAGGUUGUUACGGAAAAUAAAGUCUCUACAGACAUUUGACAGUGUUCUGAAAAACAGGCAGCGGAGGCAACGCUUUGACCCAUUGACCAAAUUCAGAAGAGCUGCGAGAAUUGUUUUACUUCUUCUGAAAGCAACAGCAAGUAGCAGACAUGCAAGCCAGGGUCACCAGGACCAAAAAUCUUGGUCACAGAUCGCAGAGGAACAGAGUACGGCAAAAAGGACUUAUGACCUGUUUGGAAUCUCCUUCGAUCCCUCCAUGUUCAAAGCGAAACGUGAGAAAUACUUGAGUAACGAAGCGAAGAUAAUAAUGUCGUUGUACCCGGCAGACCGGACCGAGGACCAGCUGAAGCUGGCUCUGCUCGCACUCAACCAGGCAGUAGACGCCUUCGGAGAGUUCCCUAUCAAACUACAGAGAUCUCUCGCUAGUGUAGGCUGGUAUGAGAAUUUCGAGGCAAAACGUGUGAUCAUACGUCAAGGACAUACAGCAGACAAUUUCUACUUCAUUCUCUCAGGGACAGCUGUUGUAACUUUACUGGAGACAAACAAAGACACGGGUGAGGAAGGAGUUAGAACAGUGGCCUUUCUCCGUAAAGGCAACAGCUUUGGGGAGUUAGCACUGAUGCAUGGAGCAAAGAGAAGCGCCACAGUCACAUGUCAGACAAACGUGGAGCUUCUUGCAGUCAGCAGAGAAGAUUUUAUCGAUAUCUUCAUGCACACAGAGAAAGAUAAAGAGCCAGAACACAUCAGUUUUCUCCGUACUAUCGACGUAUUCCGCGGCUGGCCCGUGGAGAAAUUGCCACAUAAUAACCCAAGAAUAUGUCUCUUCACUUUCUUCAGGCGAGGUGUUUUACUCUGCAAGGACAGUAACUCUACCGACUGGAUCUACGUCAUAAAGACGGGCACCUGUCGGGUUCUCAAGGAUCUCUUUGACACAAGGCCUAACAUACCGGGUCUUGAAUAUGUACCGUACUCACUGAAUCAGUCAUUUACAAAGUUACCCCCAAUACCUCAUAUCAAGUCUACAGAGAGCACUCCGAGAUCACACAGACAUACAUCGAUACAACAUAAUGCUCACAGACACCACCUACGUUUACCUGAUAUUUAUAAACGGUCUUCAGAACAAUUACUGACGGCGGCUAUCGAACAUCAGGCGCAACUGAAUGCAAUAUUUGAGAAGAGGCACAAAGUACCUCGGAGUGAUAGAUAUAGCGAAGAUCUUUCACAGCAAGAAAACAGAAACAAUCCUAAUCAUGCGGGUAAAGUGUUUGUACAGAUCCAGAAACUGGCUUCAAGAGAUGUUUUUGGUUUAGAACAGACGGUGUUUGGAAUGAUUGGUCAGACGACGAGUUGCAGUCUGGUAUCAGACGGAGCUGAAUGUAUUCUCAUCAACAAAAAGUUCUUCCUACAACAUCUUUCAGACAAUGUCGCAAAACAGAUACGUAAAACUAUUCAGCCAAUACCAAGUGAGGAAAGUCUGCAACAGAAACUACAGGACCAGACAAACUGGGAUGCUUAUAAAUCUAUGACAGUCUCUAACUGUGUUGUGUUCAAGAAGCAGUUACAUGAACAUGAAGUAGAUGCACUCUACUUAUGACAUAAAGCUCAAUUUCAAAUCCGGAAGUGUACUGGGGCUGAUUCAUUUGAAGUCAUGUUCAGUAUAAAGUAACUGUAAUACGAGAAUUGCAAAGGCAUCAAAGUGCUCUUUCAAAAUCGGUGCGUCCUAUUAUCAGGGAUUGUCUGUGAUUUUAGAACUUUGCUGGGACUCUUUUGUAGAACUGAAAUAAUGCUGUUUAGUUUGUUAGGGAAUUCAUGCAUGGAAUGUAAACAGAUUACAUCAGUGACAGAAGGGCAUAGUCCUUGCCUUUAACAAACAGUUUGCCACCGUUUUUCCGAAACAUGUGCAAUCAAACGAGUUGUCCCAAGCUAUGGUAUUUUACGUACAAAUAAAGCAUGAAUGGACUAGAUCACUCGAUCGUUAACCCUUACCAUGCUGGACACGACUGGUUCUGCCUUUGCGAACAGUGUAGAUCAUGAUUAGCCUGCACAUCUGUGCAGUCUGAUCAUGAUCUGCACUGUUCGCCAUUCGGUCAGUAACUUUUUGGUAAGCACCCCUUUUAACAGUUAAUGGUACUGUCCAAAUUGAAAGAUGGACAAGUUCAUUAUAGAAAUUUAGCAGGGUAAGGGAUGAUAUGGUUUCUGGAAGUAUUUGAAUAAUUAAUAUGGGCAGCUUAUAUCAUUUUGCAUAUAUAGCUAGGGAUUACUAAUGAGAACUUAAAGAACUGAAAAAAUGUAACAUCAAACAUUAUUACAAAUGGAGGACUAUUGUACCUGUAAACAUGAACAUGUUAAGAGUUUAGACAUUUCUUCAGCUGCUACAUUAAAGGCUUUGCGUGGUUUUGUACCAUCGGAGUUUUAAUGUGGCAUACGACUAUCUUUUAAAACAAAAGCCAGUAUUUUCUGUAUAUUGUACAAUAUAUUCCAUCAAAUAAAGCCAUUGGUUUAGAUGUAUGUGCAAUAAGCAAACCCGGUGUUAGAUAUUCCUUACAGACAUUUUACUCGAUAUUCAUGUUGACAAAAUGUUGUUGUAGAUUCUUGCCACUGUAUGUCUAUUACACAUUACUUAUUUUGUACGUGAAGGUUUUAUGUCGAGGAAAGUUUAUGAAAAAAAAAAUGCCGAAUAAAAAACUUUAUUGAUA